CAUAUCGCCUAGCAACACAGACCUGUUUACCUACAUUACCACAACCAGACAUGCAGAUUGAGUAAAGCCCCCAAAAACAAAGGAGUAUCACAGUGUGGGUCUGCUUUCAUUUUGAGCAGUGCUCACAUGCCAUGAGGAUCCUUCCUAUCCAUCACUGUUGUUGGUGAAGGUUUCCAUUACAAAUGUCACAGACGGCUGAGUCGAGGAGAACAACAGGCAGCAGGGGACGACUGACCAGUGAUGCACCCAAGGUCUUUCAUGGUCCAGGCCGAGUGAACUUCACCUCUCCACUUCAUCUCAAACAUCCCAGUGAGACGGGCUUCACAGCAAACCAGAGGCCGGCUAUAUGUUACACGCCCAGUUUGGACCGCACAGACAACCCUCAGUUUGGACUCCUGUUGUCUGACAGUUUCAUGUCUCAAACCAAACAACACUAUCGGCCCCACAUCCACUAUGACUCUUCAAAGUUUUUGCCAAACCUAACCGACAGACGGAGGCACAGCGGCUUCCAUCAGCUGAGGACUCACCAGAAAACAGAGAGCGACGCGGAGAAGACCGAAUAUCAGAGGUUGUUUGUGCCUCAUCAUCUCACAUCAACAGUGUCCCAGAAGCUUGUGAAUAUAGGUGCCAGAGAACAGACUGGUUUUACUGCAGGAGCAGAUCUUCACUACAACACCUUUCAGGAGGAAAACAGCUGCAGGGCUCGGGUUGAACGUCACCAGACUCACACCUCAGUGAUGAAAAAUGAUUUCUUACCUACGUCAUUUCUGCAGGGCGCUGAGUCGAUGCCGAGCCCGUGCAGCCGUUCUUGUCAAGAAACGGGAUUUAGUCGCGAUGCCACCGCUCCCUUGGCCUCUGCAACCUCCUCGUCAACACCUGUGUGUAAAACUAAUGCACCAACUGUGAGGAUCAUUGGAAAAAAGGAGCCUACUGGGUUUCUACUAAAUGGUCCAAACAAUCAGGUGUUCCCCAAUAAAUCCUUUGAUUGUUUACACUUCACUACACAUUAUAAGAGCAAGUUCUCUCCUGAUGCUGGUUUGGAAGAGUUGAGAUCUAGCCACGGUGGUGCAGGAGUCCUCAGUUCAAAAAUGGAAAAUGCCUACAAUCGUCGGGACAUGGACAGGUUCAUCAUUAAGGGUUGACGUCACACAACUGAGAGGUUAACUUGUGGUCAUCACAAAAUGUAACUGUAGCUUUUUUUGAUGACAAAUUGGUGUGUUUAUUUUUCUCUGAAAGCUUGUGGAGGAAUAAAACUUGCAUGACUUGUGAGGAAGGACAAAUGAAGUAUUACAUUACCAUAUAAUCAAAUCCUGAAGAGCUUAGUGACUCCCACAUUAGCCGUGUUUCACAAUGGCCCUGUCAAAAAAAGGCUGAUUUUUUUUUUUUAUCUCUUUGUAAAAUCCUUUUUAUUUGAAUUGACAAUCUGCCAGUCAGACGUUUGUGUGGAAGCCAAAGAGGGAGUGAGGGAGAUGAUGUAUUGUCUCCUCUCACUGACCUACAGAGAAUGAGAGGAGUGUAAACCAAUGAGCAAAAUAAUUACUCUCAUACAGAGUAUGGCACUGAUUCCCAUAGACAUCUGCAGUGUGUCAGACUGUUUGCCACCCACAUGUUUGGAAUGAGCUGCAGAGUAUGGACCGAGGAGGAGGAGGAGUGAAUUUAUGUUCUACAGCUCCAUAUACAACGUGGUGUGGACCAAUUGUUAGGAACUCUAGUGGCUUUACAUUAUCAACACAAUUCAAAUCAACUAAAGAAGUAAUAUUUCCUGACAGUUGGGCCAGUUGGGCGGCAUUUUCAAACCAAGCAAUUUAGCUGGGCCAGACAUUUUCUGCAGCCAGUAAGCAGCAGGUGACACAUUUUAAAAAGUGCAUUAAAAAAAAUUAGAUUUUGUAAGACAACAAUGAACAAGAAAACUCGCUCAUCUGUUGGGGCCCGCCAUUUGAAUGGACUGUGCAUAUAUCAUGUCUUUAAUACAUAUUCCUAAUUCAUGCGAUGACAGGGUGUUUCUGUAUGACCACCAUUUUGAUUGGGAGGUAAAUAUUUCCACCACUGCUGGGGGGGAAAUGUUGUGUACAACAUGAAUGGUCCCCAGAGGAUGAACCCUUAUCACUUCGGUGCCUGUAAUGGUCCCUUUCUACUCAUUUCUGUACAAACAAUUAGUCAAUAUUGAAAAUAACAUUCACUUGCAGUUCUAUAGCAGAAAGAUGUCCGUAUGUACGUGUAAAAAAUAAAUGGUUUCAUGUGUUAAACACACAUCUGUUUUAGAAGGAACGACCAAUUUGAACCUGUUCUGCAAAUGUUUCCUCAGCAUAGACGUUGACAUAGUGCCACACAAGAACGAGCAUAAAUAUUUCAGCGCUGGAAUAAAUAUUUCACUCUUUCAAUGAGAUGUGAGAAAGGGAUAUGUGGAGAGAAGGAGAGAAUUGGAUUACAUGUGAGCCCCCACAUGAAUAAUGAGUGCAGAGAUGAGAGGAGAACAAGGCCAUCAUCUCAUGAUAGAGAUACAGAUAUGAAAGGUGCCGUCAUCAACAAAAAUAAGUACACAUGGGUCAUGGUGGACCUGGGUCUCUGACCUGCAGAGUGAUUCCGUUUUUUUCAUGUUAAUUCAACACUUUUUUGCCCAUGCUUUAGUUUAGCACCUCCCUAAGGACUUACCUUCUAUGGUGAGGCACCCCAGCUAUUCAUCGCUAUAAUAAUCCUGCUCGUCUCUGUCUCUGUCUUGGCACUGACACUCACAGGACUGCUUACACAACAGGGAAGAGUGUUUAGCAUGUAAUAAAUAGUUUGUUAUACUAAAUCCAAUACACACAUUUACAUAAGCACAAGGACCUGGUUAUAAAAAUAGCGGCGAGUUAAGCAGAAUUGCAAUACAUGAAACAGACACUGAUCAAAAUGUGAGAAAGUACUUCACUGUGUCAGCUGAGCAAAUGGAAGCUCGUGCUUUCACAGUUUUGAGAUCCAGAAAUAGAUUUCUGUAAAUGAUUGACAAUGACUUCAUCAAAGGAGUUAAUAUUUAAUAG